AUGCCGCCUCAACCUUCGGAUGUAGCUCAAUCCGUUAGAGCUGAUCAUGUUAUCUCUAGAGUCUUGUCUGUCCUGUCUCCCUUAGUCAGUCCAUCCCAGAACGAGAGUCUGCGAAAAGACCUCCUCACGCUUGCCAAUUCAGCCAUCGACGUUUGGAACAAUACUCAGAGCGGCGAGUUGAAAAUCACAGUAACUCCGUUGUUGGAACGCGAACACCGGAAAGAAUGGCGGUCCCAGCUUUUUGACCCGCUAGACCACGAUGAGAAGAAUCUUGACGUAAUCUCUAAGACCCAUCCCCGGAUCGUCACUCUUUUCCCACAGUCAUCGCUUGGGAAACGGCAAGGCCGGUCAAAUAUGACAAUGCUGUACCCGGAAGCUUUCCGCCACAGUCUGAUCAACAACUUCACACAAAAGAAAUGUGCAUUCAUCAUGGGACCGGACUGCUCGAGUUGUCUCCAUUGA